GCUCGGAGACAAGCCUCCUCUCAUUCUGACUCAACUAUGUGAUCUGUUUGUCUACACACAGACCCUGUCUUCUGUCCUCUCCUCUUUCAUCCCCCUCUCCUCCUCUGCACACUUAAUGCGCAGUUCCUUCUCUCAAGUCCAACCAGCCUACAUUUGUUUGGUGAAGUCACUUUCUGAAACAGUUGACUUUGAAGUGAACUUUUUCUUGGUCUAAUUCCGGGACAUGACUACCAUGGCAACUCCGGCUGCUCCGACUCUGCUCCCCGCGGCUCCGCUCGGUCACCAUCCGGCUCCGAGCUCCGUCUCUCCGGCCACCAACUCUCCGCCACCUGCCGCCACCUCCGCCGCUUCCUCCCCGGCUCCUCCGCUGACUCACCAGGCGCUGCUUAACCAGUUCCGGGCGGACCUCUUACUCUCGAACGGGACCCAAUUAAAGCCCGGAGGAGCUCCGCUGUCCAGCACCGCUAAGCCCGUGUACGCCACGCCGUCGCCCGUGGAGAGCACGCCGCAGAACAACGAGUGUAAACUGGUGGAGGUGAAAGGUGCCAAGCUGGCCUCAUUUACGGUGAAAGACACGGAGCUCAUCUGCCUGCCACAGGCUUUCGACGUGUUCCUCAAGCAUCUGGUCGGCGGACUCCACACCGUCUACACCAAGCUGAAGCGGCUGGACAUUGCCCCAGUGGUGUGCAACGUGGAGCAGGUCCGGGUGCUGCGGGGGCUCGGGGCCAUCCAGCCCGGUGUGAACCGGUGCAAACUCAUCUCCAGGCAGGACUUCGAGACGCUCUACAGCGACUGCACAAACGCAAGUUCGAGGCCCGGACGACCGCCCAAGAGGCUGCAGAGUGUGACAGAGGGCGGGACUCACCACAUGCUGUCCCACAGCGGUCUGAUGCAUGCUGGGAUCAUGCCUCCUGCAGAUCUGUCUGCCUUGGCCAAGAAGAUCAAGCUGGAGGCGAUGGCCAGUUACCACAGUAACCAGCAACAUGGCCGGGCAAACGGAGAGAACGGCGACCACGACCCCAGACUGGUUCUGGAUCAGUUGCCCUUCAUGAUGAUGUCACAUCCCCUCAUCCCUGCCAGCCUGGCGCCGGCCUCUGUUUCCAUGGCAAUGGGCCAGAUGAACCGACUGAGCACUCUGGCCAGCAUGGCUAACGUGGCACAGCUCCACGCCAAGCCCCCUGCCAGGACUCCCACCUCCGUCAUUAAGGAGCGAGUGUGUGACAGUCCCUCCCCUUCUCCCUCACUGGAUGAAGCUCAGAUGUCAUCCAAUCACAGCAGCAGUGUGUCAAGCUCACCGUCUCACACAGAACGCACUGCUGAAACCCCACAUGCACAUGAUGAUCGCUUGUCGUCAGGUCACAGUCUGCUGGGACAUUCCCCCGGUGUGGUGUCGGGGGCCAGAGAGACAGAAGUGACUUCACUGGAAUACAGCAAGGAGAACAAGAGGGGACACACUGACAGAGACAACAGCUCCUUGGCCACUCACACAAGCAGGGAGAGCUGUGAUAGACAAGUCUACCAGAAACUCCCGUCAGGCAGGGAGGCCUGUGAGAGGGUGUCUCACACCGCAGGACAGAAGCUCCCAGCAGGUUUCCACCACGCUCCCUUUAUCUUCCCGGAAGGCUUGUCCUCCAUAGAGACCCUGCUCACGAACAUCCAGCAGGGUCUGCUGAGGGUUGCCAUAGAGAACGCCCGGGCGCAGGAGAAGCAGGACCAGCUGGAGAGGACGGAGCUGAAGAUGGAGCUGGUCCGCGAGAGGGAGCUCAGAGAGACGCUGGAGAGACAGCUCAGCAUGGAGCAGAAAAACAGAGUUCUGAUCCAGAAGCGCCUGAAGAAGGAGAAGAGGAAUAAGAGGAGACUUCAGGAGGCGCUGGAGGAGGAGGUCAAACUGCGCGAUCAGGCCGAGCACAGCCUGCUUCACACAGCCAACACACACACAGGUCAUCAAUCAUCAGCAGUCCCUCCUCACACAGAAUCUGUGACCCAGGACAUGGAUCAUGGGAGCAACCACGACGACAACAGGCUGGACUCCAUGGCGACAGUACAAGAGGGCAGAGUUUUCCUGCAGACCUCUGGGAUGUACUGAAAACAAGCUGGAAGGAUGGAUGGAUGGGAUGAAUGGAAGAAAAGAGCGGCAAAAAAGAUUCCUCCUUUUUAUGAGUGAUAAGAUCGCUCAGUCGCAGCCGUGGCAUCAGAGAUCCUCAUCUCAAGAGGACUCCCCCCCCCCCAACCCUCUUCCCCACAUUUGAAGGGUGACAUUCUAACGUUUCCAUUGUUCUCCUUGUUUAAUUUAUUACAUUAAUCACAAAAUCUCCACCAUAGUGGGAACAGUUUUUUUUUUUUAUUCUGAUGAUGUUGUUUGACAAUGUGCUUCUUUCACUCGAGGUUUUUUUUUAGAUCCUUGAAGAAGACGACCGUAGUUGUUUUUUUUUUGUCAGUGCUGUUUAUCUGGACACAAGUGGUGAAUAUAACUUGUAACAGAGUUGUGUACAUAAAUAUAGUCAUCAUUUCUGUUUUUGUUAUAAUAAAGAAAAUAACGGCAUGUUGUACAGUCAGUCAAUGACUUGUAUUGUGUAUGUUAUGCAGUAGUGCAGUUUGACAAUACAACCAAUACAAAUUCUUUUUAUUAAA